AUGCGUCCAACAUCUGCCCGACUCUUUCAGUGCUUCCGGGCGCUGCAACAUGAAAAUCCAUUAGGUCUCCCUCGAUCAGGAACGCCGCCGACCUGGGGUAAACGUCCAGUCCGUCGCAAAAUCACCGGUGUCGAGAAAGUCAUUGCGGUAUCUUCAGCCAAAGGUGGUGUAGGCAAAAGCACAGUUGCAGCAAAUCUGUCUCUGGCUUUUGCUCGCCUUGGCUUUCGUGCUGGGAUCCUGGACACUGAUAUCUUUGGUCCAUCUAUUCCAACCUUGUUUGACCUCUCAGGAGAACCGAGGUUAUCGAAUAAUAACCAGCUCAUCCCUCUCACAAACUAUGGAGUCAAGACUAUGUCCAUGGGCUAUCUGGUUGGUGAGAAUGCACCAGUAGUUUGGCGAGGUCCCAUGGUGAUGAAGGCUAUUCAGCAGCUUCUACAUGAGGUAGAAUGGGGUGGUCUUGAUGUUCUUGUCCUAGACCUCCCCCCAGGUACAGGAGAUACACAGUUGACCAUCACACAGCAGGUUAUUUUAGAUGGCUCUGUCAUCGUCACAACUCCUCAUACUCUUGCCACCAAAGAUGCUGUCAAAGGUAUCAACAUGUUCAAAACAGUUGAUGUCAAUAUCCUCGGCUUGGUACAGAACAUGUCCUUGUUCACAUGCCCGCAUUGCCACGGAGAAACCAAUAUCUUUGGUUCCAAUGCAAGGGUUGAGAGGUUAUGUCAAGAGCACCAGAUCGAUUUUCUAGGUGACAUCCCAUUACAUCCCAAUAUUGGAGAUGAUGGGGACAGAGGAAAACCCACAGUAGUGGCAGAACCUACGAGUGAGAGGGCGAGUGCCUUUUUGAAGAUAGCACAAGACAUCUGCCCCAAGAUCGAUCUUAGUGGGAAAUAG